AAAUAUCGACAACGUUCGAGAGUGCAAGAUCAGCCACCAGCUCCGGCAGUAAUCGCAACAGCAACAGCCACUGGCAGCCCACAAACAGCCAAAAAGUCCGCAGAUUUUCACGUAACAUUCAGUUAAAACUAAAAGAAAUUCUUUUAAAACAAAUUGAAAGAUUUUCCGAGUCAACUUUAAACGUGAAACACGCGUCGCUGAGACCCUUAAAAGCCACCAAACAAAUCAAACAAUCAAAAAAAGGCUGUCAGCCGCUUAUUAAUAAACAAUAAAGACAAUCCAACAAAAGUAUUUAAUGGAUUUUAAGUGUCAGUGACUCUUCCACACAAAAACUAUAGACCAACAACAACAACAACAACAAAAAAGAGCCAAAACACACACACACGCGACGCUGUAUAAUCAGCCAAGAAAAACCCAGCGACACUGUCCACUGUUGGUGAUAAUAAAAGAACUUACAACAACAGCAGCAAAGUCCACAGGCCCAAGAGAACCAGUAUAAAGUUCAAUAUAAAUGGUAUAUAAGCAGACAAACAUAAGGUUGAUUUAAAUUAAACAAAGGAGGAGAUCACCAGCCAGACUUUGUUCGGUUUGUCAUUCGAGUAUUUUUGGUACAUAAACGGCAUACAAAUGGCAGCCUACUUGGAUCCCACUGGCCAGUACUGAGACGAGAAGGAAGAACAGAAAAUCUGCAAAAUUUCAUCACACUCUACCCCGCAUAAACAUUACCAAGACAUAACCAUGGCUGCCUAUCUGGAUCCCACUGGUCAAUACUGAAGAAGAGCUAUCAACAGAUAGAGCCAACAAAUAUUAUUCAUCGCAUAAGAAAUCUUUUACAAAUCAAACUCAAAAUGUCUCUCGCUUUGGACCCCACUGGCACCUAUUAAGCCACCAAGCCACAAGCUACAUCUCCAGCCCACAAAUACCCGGCUGUAAAGUAAAUCAAGCAACACUUUUCGCUGCGUAAGAAGAGCUACAGAAAAUCAGACAAAAUGCUGGAUCCCACAGGAACCUACCGUCGACCACGCGACACAAACGAGACGCGCCAGAAGCGGCGACAGGACUGCCUAGAUCCCACCGGGCAGUACUAAGGAUCAACAUCCAAAACAUAAACAUCAACCCCAUACCGCCUUUGCCUUAUUCACCAGAUUCUGGGCAUGAUUGGGGGCGCGCGCUGGUUACGCGUGCGUGGCCGCGAGGAGACUUCCAGCUGUCGGCGCCG